CUUGGUGCUUUGCUGUCCCUAGUAAAAAUCAAUAUAAAAAAAUUGAGUGGACUCUCAUUUCCAAUGGUCUGGGAUUGAAGUACAUGAAGAGAUCGGGUAUUGAAAGGGCUUGCCAUUUCACAAAUCUGGAGUUGUUAGUCUGGGAACUCUGGAAAGUGGAGAAUCCUUGAAGAAAUUCAAGGCUGGAACGUAGGGUUGUGAUUAGAGAGGAGUUUGGAGAUUCUGCUGGCUUGCAGAACUGACCUAAACUCAAUCAGCAAACCUGAAAUGACUGCCAAUAGCAUGCCUAAGCAAGUAGAGGUCCGGAUGCAUGAGAGCCACCUGGAGCCCAUAGAGGCCACCCCACAAUCAAAAUGGGCCCUCAUCUGCCAAAAGUUGCGCAAGAACCUGCUCCUCACACUUACUGUUAUGGGUGUGAUAUUGGGAGCCGUUUUUGGUAUGCUUCUGCGUGUUGCCUCUCCUAUCGAUAGCAACAUUGUUAUGGUUAUUGCAUUCCCUGGUGAAAUUUUGAUGAGGAUGCUAAAAAUGCUGAUCCUUCCUCUUAUCAUCUCCAGUUUAAUCACAGGUCUUGCUGGUCUGGAUGCCAAGUCGUCUGGUCGUCUGGGUACCAGAGCCAUGGUUUAUUACAUGACCACUACUAUAAUUGCUGCUGUGCUGGGAGUAAUACUGGUCUUGAUCAUUCAUCCUGGUAACCCAAAACUAAAGGAAAACCUUGGUGAGGGACUUAAAAAUGAUGAGGUUUCCAGCCUUGACGCCUCCUUUGAUCUCAUUAGGAAUCUUUUCCCUGAGAACUUGGUGCAGGCGUGUUUCCAGCAGGUCCAGACUGUUGUGAAGAAGAUUGAGGUCAAGCCUGUAAUUGACCCUAACAGUACCCUGGAUGAGUUCACCUCUGCCACUAUGCCUCCUCCCGUAUUCAAGACAAAGAAAUCCCUGGAGUAUAAGAGUGGAAUGAAUGUUUUGGGUUUGAUUGGAUUCUUCAUUUCCUUCGGUAUUUGCAUGGGGAAGAUGGGAGAGAGAGCAAGGCUCAUGAUUGAGUUCUUCAAUGUCCUGAAUGAGAUUGUUAUGAAGUUGGUUAUCAUGAUCAUGUGGUACUCUCCCUUUGGUAUUGCUUGUCUGAUCUGUGGCAAGAUUAUCUCCAUCCAGGAUUUGGAGGUGGUGGCCAGACAGCUGGGCAUGUACAUGGUCACAGUCAUCAUUGGACUUAUCAUCCAUGGAGCCAUAUUCUUACCUUGUAUUUACUUUGCAAUUGUAAGGAAAAAUCCCUUCAGCUUCUUCAUGGGCAUCUUCCAAGCCUGGAUUACCGCUCUUGGAACAGCAUCAAGCGCUGGUACUCUUCCUGUCACCUUCCGCUGUCUGGAGGAGAACCUAGGCAUUGACAAGAGAGUAACCCGCUUUGUUCUGCCUGUUGGAGCAACAAUUAACAUGGAUGGCACUGCACUUUAUGAAGCUGUAGCUGCUAUCUUUAUUGCUCAGAUGAAUGGUAUUUACCUGGACCCUGGUCAGAUUGUCACAGUCAGUCUUACAGCUACACUGGCCAGUGUUGGAGCAGCUAGUAUUCCCAGUGCAGGACUGGUAACCAUGCUGCUUAUUCUGACUGCUGUUGGGCUGCCCACACAGGAUAUUAGUCUGCUGGUAGCUGUUGACUGGCUCCUGGAUCGUUUCCGUACCUCGGUCAAUGUGGUCGGCGACUCCUAUGGUGCUGGCAUUGUGUAUCACCUGUCCAAAGCUGAGCUGGAUGCUCUGGAUGCCGCGCAUGGGAAAUCUGAUGACAUUGAAAUGAUGACCAAGACGCAGGCCUAUUAUGAUGACCUCAAGAACCAUCAUGAAAACAACUCAAAUCAGUGCGUCAUUGCAGCUCAGAAUUCAGUCUUAGUAGAUGAAUGCAAGGUAACCUCAGCAGCCACAAAUGGCUCAAAUGUGGAGUACACACUUGUUGAAGAGGAACCACAGAAGAAUGAUUAAUGCGAGACCCUCCUUUGUCCAACCUCAAGCUUUUUUAUCUAGUGCAUAAAGAGAGGAAGAAGUCACACUGAUAUGCAUACAGAACAGCUGAUGGGUUUUCUAGUUUAGAAUUGUAUUACUGUCAUUUGUUUUAUCUGAAAUAACAUACUAAUUAAAAAAUAGAAUCACCUUGUCUGAUGCACUAACGUGCCUAUGCACUUGCGCAGAAAGCGAGGCUUGGGAGGGUAAAGAAAGAAAUAAUAUAAACUGUUCAUGAUGAUUAUAAUAUAUACUAUACGCAUUUUAUUUCUUUUAAGAUUUGGUGGUAUGUUAAUAAUAAAGAGAGAUGGUUAAUGAAUGCUUAGAAUGACAUAAAAGCCAGGUUUUCAGAAUGUAGGGACAGAAUUUACAGAUAAGCCAGCAGUUCAGUUGAACUAAACAUAAGACCCAGCCUGUGCAGAGCCAAAACAUCUACAGGUUCUAUUCUAUACUGUAGAGCAAAAUCACUCACAUUGUUCACAAUGUACCUGUACCCUGUUUCCCUGUUUUACCUCACUUCAUGACCUCUGACCUAUCUAACUGGGUCUGUGAUACCCAGUCAUCUGCAGGCAGAUCUGGGCUUUUGUGCCAAACAGACAUACAACAAACAAAACACCCUAAAUUCUAAAGAUUCAGUCUUACAAAUGAGUGUUUUGUCGUUUUGAUGGAUUUAAUUCAUACUAUUAAGUCACAACAUUAAGUUUAAGAUUAGCUUCUUACCAGGAAAACAUGUUUGAGUGUAUUCUGAUAAUAAGUUUUCUAUUAUGGACCCUUGGUACAAGAAUAGGAUAUAUAAUCGCCACAGCACAAAGAACUAAAAGCACAAGCCAUGUUGUGACUAACUGAUUUUGCCUUCAGAACCUCAAAUCAUUCCAGUUAUAAGAACACAAUGAUGGGUAGUAUUGUUUUUAUAUGUACAUGAGACUAAGGCAGUUAUGCACAUUACAAGAUGGACCAAAUAAGAAACAGCCUGAAAAAUCACUGCCAUUGAUGCAAUGAACACAACUUUUUAGCCAACUCAAAGCACACUGUCAUUUUAAGACAGAUCAAGGUCCUGAUUAAAGUAUUAUUUACAACUUAAAAAUGUACAUUGUUCAUUUAAGUAUUUAAUAUGUGUAUUUGAAUGUUAUUUACAAAAGCUUGCCUAACUUGCUUUGGUAAAACACUACUGUAUUUAAGAAAUGAUGUACAAUACAUUUAUCCACAAAUAUUAAAUUAAACAUGAACCAAGUAAAUGAAUAGAUCCAUAGCACAAAUAAUUUGCUCUUUCCAAUGUACCUUUAAUCCAAUCUACAGAUUGUAUUAUGUUAGAUUCUCAGGCAAAUAAAGAUGCACUCAGUGUUAUCAGGGAACACAUUCCUAAUGCAGGCAGAAAUAUACAGAAAUAUUUUAUACUAUGCCCUUGGAAAAUGCUGGAGAGUAAUCACUGUUUACAUAUGAUGUUGGUUUACAGCUUGCAGAAUGCCUACUGCCUUUAUAGCUUGCACCACUUGUAUUGGCUUUUUUUUUACCUAAUAAGCAAGUAUAAUAAAUUUAACACUUGAGUUGACUUGUUUUCUUUGUGAAAGCAGAUUGAACAGUACAAUAAUAAUAAAUAAAUAAAUAAAUAAAUAAAUAAAUAAAAAGAGAAAAGGAAGAAAUCUGAAAGAGAACAGAAGUGCACAAAUAAGUUAGGCACUUACAGUGUCACAAUACAAUAGAGUUGUUAUAGUGGUACCAGCUCUUUUAUUUUCUAAAGUUCUCUGUUCCUAAAUGACAUUUUGCCUGAAAUAAAACUUACCCUCAAGCAUAAGACUGUUCUGGUAGACCCACCAUGCAUGAAGGCCAGUGCUAUGGCAUAUUCACAUGUUGACACAGAUAGUUUUAGACUUAAGACUUAAUUAAGCAUUAAUGGGUAUCACGAAUUUGUUUGUAGCUUUUUUUUUUAACUGUUAAAGCCUUCAAAAGCAUUAACCACUACAUUUUUUCAAAAAGAGGGUUCGUUUAUAUUCAUAUUCAUCAAAUAUUUGUAAUAAUUUUCACUCAUUUCACAGUCACUUUAGGAGGAGCAUGUGGAAAAUGCACAGCUUUGAUAUUUUACUUCACUGGAUUAUAUGGAAAGAGAAUCAUUGUAACACCUCUGCAUUGUGUUAAUACAAAUGUUUCCUCAUUGUAAGUCAGCUAUUCAGUUACAAGGACUGUUGUGAACUAUGUGGACAUUUUUUCUAAACACGUUUCUUAAAAGCCUGGAUUAAAAGUGCCUACAUGCACUUUUUGUACAUACUAUAGGUAAAAUAUCAGCUUUCUUUGAUGUUUGAUGUCUUGUGUUUGUGCAAAUAAUUUGUCAUUCUGUAGAAAUGCAUCAUUUAUAUAACUGAUCAAUUGAUUAGAAUAGGAAACAUAUACAUGUGAGUGCAUUAAACUGCUUGUUUCUAAACUUAAAUAGCUGUACCUAGCUGUCUCACAUUAGUGUUCUGUAUUCUAUAUACAUACAUAUAUAUCUUUUUGGUAUCUAAUGGAAUGUUAAUUGUUUGUUUCCUACAGAAAAGAUCAUGUGUGCACUCAUUUUAUUAUACCUAUAUAAAGUACCAUUCUUCCAUGAGGAUGUUUGUUCUUGCCCCACCUUGUAUGUAUGUGAAUAUUAUUAUAUUAUGCAGUGUUUGUACUACAUCUCAAGAGUGAUAUAUUAGAUGGUCAGCUGUAAGAUAAAUAAAGCUGCUUUGCAACAGUUUAAGGCCAGGGCAGAUUAGGAGUGUCAUGUUGAGCAAACUGACAGCAUUCCGUAAACUAUUUUGCUGCUUCACCUCUGUGGUUUAUACUGGAUUGUCCACUAAAAAUGCUGCUUGUUCAGUCCCGUCUAAAAAACUAGUAGUCUUAGCUGUUUUAAUUUAUAAUAUGUUGAUAUUCAAUUUUUGUUUUCUUAUCAAAAAAUUUAUUUUACCCAAAAGAUACAAAAUAUACUUCCUAUGUUCCACUGGACUAUUUACUUUAUUGGGCAUUGCUUUUUUUUUCUGUUUAAUUUAAAAUAUUUGAACAACCAUUCUCACCCCUAACAUGUUGCCCCAUCUGUUCUGUUUCUAAAUUCCUCUCAUUCUAUUUUGUGACCUUUAUUGUCAUUUAAUGUAAAUAGGAGGGAUAAAAAACUGUAAGCAAAGAAAUAAAAAUGCAAGUACCUGUGGAAUAAAUGUAUGUUCAUACAUAUCAAGUGUUGUACCAUUGCUGUACAUAGUUAUGAUAACUAAUAAAUGUUGAUUUCUAACGA